AUGAGGGAGAGCGUCAGCAGCUAUAGGGGCGAAAUUAGGAAGGUGCUCGAACGGAGUUACAAAAGCGAAUACGAAAAGUUGCUGAGGGAGGAGAAGGAGGACGAGGAGGUGAGCGGGCAGGUACACGAAAACUUGAAGAUAACUUUCCUCAUGAAGGAAAGUAUAAACAACUUUCUCUUCACGCGGUACAGCUAUAUGAUCAACCGGCUGAAGGAGCAGUCCGCCAUUUUGAGGGGCCUGCGCGGGGGGGCCAAGCAGGGGGAGGCAAAGGAGGGGGAGACAAAGGAGGGGGAGGUAAAGGGGGACUCCCAACUGGGGGACUCCAAAGUGGAUGACUUCAAAACGAGGGACUUCCAACCGGGGGACUUCCAACCGGGGGACUUCCAACCGGGGAUGAUGGCCCAAUCCGUGCAGUUCUUCCGGCCGCAGACCGGCUCCUCCCGGGGGAGCGGCGCCGGGGCGAGGAACUGCCCCACCUUUAGCGACCAAAUCUUUGCCAACGCGAAGUUGCUUCUGGGCACAAAGGGGGACGCUCCAGUUGGGUCCUCCUUCCCAUUAGAGAGGGAGCAGCAGCAAAACGAGCAGAAGGAGCGGAAGGAGGCAAUCGGAGAGGAGGACAACCCCAUGACGGGGAGCCCAACGGAGGAAUUAGAAAACGAACAGAAGCUAUUCCCCAGAAGUAACGUGUCCGCCCUGGACCUCUUCAAACACAACGUCAACGCGUUUUUGUCCUACAAAAGGGAAAACAUCAUAAAGGAAAACCUGCAUGAGAAUUUGCUCUACGGGAGAGUAAAAGUCCACUGGUUUCCUAAAUUUAUGAAAAGGGUCAUUACAAAGCUGUCGGAUUACAUCAAAAUGAGUGACGUUAUAGUGGAAGUUAGAAACGGAAUCAUUCCCUUCGUUUUUGAUGACCUCCCUUCACUUGACAUGUUUAAUUUUAGGACAAACAAGCCGAGGAUAAUUGUAUAUACCAACUGUGAUAGGUCCUCCAUUAAGGGGAACGAAGAAUGGGGGAGCUACUACAGGAGGAAGCUCUUCUGGUACGAUAAGCACUUUAAUAGAAAAUUGGAAGACAAAGAAGGCAUGGAAAAUCAACUAAAGAAAAGUGCAGUCAUAUUUGUAGAUGCGAAAAAUGGGAAAAAAGAAAUCAUCGUUUUGAAGAAAUUAAUUAAAAGGUUAUGUCACCAUGUGAUUGAGAGGAAAAGAAAAAAGGGUAUUCAUAAUUAUAAAGUGAAAUGCAUCUUCAUAGGGUUACCAAAUGUUGGCAAGUCAGCCCUCAUUAAUCGUCUGCUCGAAGUUAGGAAGACCAAGUCGUAUGACCACCCGGGUCUCACCACCAACAUACAGAUGUAUUCCUCAAAACUUUAUGAACUGAUUGACACGCCGGGGAUUUUAGCUCCCAACCUGUAUACGCUACGGGGUAGACUCCUCACCAGCAGGAAUGCCAUAUUGGACCGAAUAUAUAAUCGCCAUCCUGGUGACGACCAGGCAGGGGGCAACAUUGCUUACAUUGGAAACUACCACAGCUACAUGCACGUGGAAAAUAGUAUCUACCUGCUUGCGCUCUGCAACCAUAUAUCUCCAAAAAUGUAUCACAUAUACAACGCCGCGGAGACGCUCCUGCAAAAUGUGCACCGGGCUUAUCUGUACGAUAAUGACUACGUAGAGAUGGCCAGAAUUCUGAAGAGGUACCAAAUUAGCUUCACCGAGUGCGUCGACUUUGAGGGGAAGUUCUCCGCCUACCACUUCAUUCAGCGGCUGGCUCGGGACCGCUUCCACAACGACUUGGACCAGGCCGCCAUGCGCCUCGUCACGGACUUCCGCAAGUGCUACCUGGGCCGCAUGACGCUCAGCUACCCGCUCUACUUCAACCGCCGCGCCAUUCGCCUCCGCGUCGCCGCGCGCUAUGCGCGUCCGCCCGCCGACCGCUACGUGGGUUGGUAG